AUGAGUAAUCUCAAUAUCGGAUUAUGGAAUGCCAAUGGCCUGCAACCCAGAGCCAUUCACGAUACCCUUCAACACUGUCAAUCCUUACAUAUGCUCUUCAUUACAGAAACAUGGCUUCUCUCUCCCUCACGUCUUCUCACAUCAUGGUCACAAAUUCACUUGUAUGGUUCUCUCGUAGCUGGCACCUAUAGGGGCUCUAUGGGUGUUUCUGUUCUCAUAUCACCUCACUGUCCUUAUGCUGUCACUCAAAUACCUAUGCCCUCCAAAUAUGUUCUGGCUGUCAAAAUUGGCUCACUCAGAAUUGUAUGCUUAUAUCUUCCACCAACUAUGCCCACUCAUGAUGUCCUACAUGUACUCUCUUCCAUUCCUUUAACACAUGAUACCAUUCUUUGUGGUGACUUCAAUGCAAGACUUGGCUCUGUUACUGGUGACUAUGCAUCAAAUUCUCGUGGACUGGCACUAUGUUCUUGGAUAGAAGAGAGAUCUCUAUCAGUUGUAAAUGCAGAUCUUACGCCAUGCAUACCAACAUAUAUUUCUUUCCGCAACAACUAUGAAAUCAGCAGUAUUAUUGACCUUUUUAUAACUAAUAUGCCACUCAUCAAUCCUUCUCUUCAUAUUGCUACUGACUUGUUCCUUGGAUCAGAUCAUUGCCUUUUAUCACUUUCCUUUACCUAUGAUCUACAGCACUCUACCAAUAUGCCACCACUAUUACGCAAGACAUGGAACCUCUCACACCUCAAUGAACCUGAUGUCCAUGCUCUUUAUGCUCAUACCUUCAAUCAAAACUCGAUCUCCCUACUUUCCACCUUGCAAGACAUUGUACAGAAUCCGCCACUCACUAGACCCAACAUUGAUGCUAUCACUGAUGAGUUCAUUUCACUCAUUUAUGACUCAUUAAAUAGCUCAAUUGGACAUCGACUCUCUCACCCAAAGCAUUGGAAAUCCUUCUGGAAUGUAGCUUUGCAAACAGCAGCAAAUCGUCGUAACCAAUGUUACAAAAAAUGGCGCCUAGCAAUAGGUAUUGACAAAGUUGUUUGGUGGACUAAACACAAGCAUGCACAGGCCGAAUUCCGAUCUCACAUUCAGCAAGCAAAACGUCAGUCUUGGCAUAUCUUUUGUCAGUCUAUGGAACGUGACUUCAGCAAAGCAACAUCAAAGAUAAAUGGACAUAUACUUCCAGCAACCCAACCACUAGCACCAAUGACCACUUCUAACAGUGUGCCUUUUGCCUCUGAUGACUCUCCCUUUAUCUCACCAAUUGUAGAGGAAUUUAUGCAAUUUAUGCCUAACCGCAAGGCAUCAGGACCAGAACAUAUCAGAGCUGAAAUGCUAAAACCUUUUGCUGGCAAUGGUCAUAUGUUCCAAUCCAUUGCCACUCAUAGACGUUCUGGUACACUUGCUACAAUGGCAACCCUAAACUCUGUUGGUGCUUGUCGUUCUGGUUUUUCUCUGCUGCUCAGCUCACAAUUGUAUAAGACCUUUGUCCGCCCAAAGUUUGAAUAUGGUUUGGUGAUCUCCACUCUACUGAAACAAGAUAUCAAAGUGCUGGAAUCCAUUCAAGAUAAGUGUCUUCGCAUGAUUGUUGGGGGGCAUGCCACAUCUUCCACAACUGUGUUGAAGCACAUCUGGAAUCUGUCAAGUAUGAAGUUUCGUGCCAAUGCUCUUAUGGCCAAGUUCUGUAUAAGAUCACGCUUUUUGCCGGCCCAGUGCCUUCUGUCUCUUUUGCACCGUCAUCAUACCGUCUAUUCUUCACUUGUCUCCUUGGGAAAAACCCAUCUUCUGUCCAAUCUCCCUCCAACACUCAAACUUCGAAGCCCUAGUGCUGUAAAAAAUCAUUUUGAAAGCAUUAGAGAAGCUGGAUUUGCAACCUUUCUCCAGUCCAAUACGCAAGUUCUCAUUCAAGCAUGCCGCCCAGUUCUUGGAGUUGAUCCAAUCUUGUUUUUGCCAGCCUCACGUGUGGAACGUGGCCGUUUGAUUCGUUGGAGAAUGGGGUGGUUACCAGGCAAACCAAAGGAAUGUUCUUGUGGAUCAGAUCACACCUCACGCCGCCAUUUGUUGGAUUGCCCACUUGUUCCUGUGGCACUAUUUGAACAGUUGUCUCAACCUGACCAAGAUCAGAUACAUAGAAUUGAUUUUGCCAUCACAUCCUUGCCUUUGUCAUCUCAAGAACCACGACCUGCUUACUGGAUGCCACUGCUGACUAUUCUUUGGCACAUAGAUAUUAUAUGUAAUCCUGAUGGUGACUAUUCACAUGACUGA